UUUAGUGAAGAUUUUUGCAGCCAGUUUUAGCAUUGUAACCACGCCCAUUUUUGAGUCUGGCCUAGUGACUACCGAUACCCAACUAGCAUGAAGUGUCAUCUUCGAUCAAGCUAAUAAGUACUAGUAUGCUAGGAGGAGGUCUUCGACUAGGAGCCGGAGGUUUAAACAACCGUGGACUGAUAUCCUCUUCAAACCAACUUCAGCCCUCCGGAACAGGCCUUAGUCUUGGAGUAGGUCUCGGAGGUACCAACCAUGGUUUAAAACUGCAACUGGGUGGGACGACAAAUGGACUAGGAGGUACAACUAGCAGUACUGGAGGUGGCUUGAAACUAGGUGCUGGAAACGGUGGUCUCCAGUUGGGUGGUCACUCUACUUCAAAUACUGGGCUUGGUGGGUUAGGACUAGCAAAAUCCACUGGCACAGGACUUAACAUUUUCAACCAACAACAAGACUCUAACCCACAAAAUCAACUAGGACAACAGUCCUUGCAGUCACAGUUGAUAUUGAAUGCCAUUAAGGCCCCUGGGCCAUCUGUAUUUGAGAAUGAGAAGGACCUAGUACUAAUGCAGUUCAAUUGGCUGCAGGCUUGCAGUGGUACAGGGAAGGGUCUAGUGAAUCAUGGGGGAACAUUACAUGAUAUCACUUUCACUCCUGAGAGUCUUGUGUGCAGGUUUAAGACAGUUUGUUAUAAUCGUCUGCCUACAAUAAGAAAUGAAGAUGGACUGGUUGCACUGCAGUUCAAAAUGAAGUGUGAUCCUCUGAUAUCCAAACACGACAGUGUCCUUCAAUCGGUUCAAGAUAUUGUGACGAAGGGAGUGUCCACUGCCACCACUGAAAUGUUUCAAGUUUUUUGUGAUAGUGUACGACCUCUUCCUGAUGAAUGCUCAGAAAUGACAAUCUACAUACAAAAAAAGUCUGGAAUGUUGUCUCAACGGCUGCUAGCCACUGAAGUUCAACAAUUUUUUCGAAAUACUUCUCGUAAGCCCCAGCUUGACAGUCUGAGAGUGACUAAUGUGUAUGCAAAGACUGGGUUUACUGACGAGAACCUUAAGCUCUACCUACAGAAUCCUCCUCCAGGCAUCAGCAACCAGCUGUGGGAGCAGAGCAAGAAAGAUAACCCUGACCCUGAAAAGUACAUUCCAGUUCCCAUUGUGGGUUCUAGUGCAUUGCUUGCCAGAAUGAAGCAUCAAGACCAGGAAUCAAAACAACAGCAGAGCAGAUUAGAGAUACUAACAGACGAACUGGCCCAGCUAAAGAGAAGUCAUACUACUGCGAUGGCGCGUGUGGCAGAAUUUAAAAGAAAAUUGAGCAACUUGAGCCAUCGUGUGCUGCGACUUAUGGUUGCUCAAGAAGUUCUCAGAAAAAGUGGCUUCUCAGUUCAUCCUGAUGAAGAACAGCUCAGAGUUCGACUGGAAGGAAUUCAAGUUGAAUUAGAUGCUCCACUGCAAUUUAAGGGUCGACUCAAUGAGCUAAUGGCUCAGCUGAGGAUGCAAACACAAGUGCCCGGAGCUAAACUUGACUCACGUUAUUCAGUGGACUCUGACCUACUAACGGAUGUCAAACAGCACUUGACACAGCAGCAGGGAGCUCUGCUUGAGCUGGUCAAGGUCAUUAAAGAAGAUGGUGAAGAUUUGCUGUGCGUCAAAGAAGGAUUUGAACAGUAUUAAGAAGCAUAAUAAUUAUAGUGCUGUACUAAACGCUCUCUUACGUACAUUUUUUUGUAUCAUAAUAAUUUCUGAUACUUCCCAUCACAUGCAGUAUAAUUGUAUGUAGACUUACAAUUGAAUUUCUCACAA